GUUUCUUCAAUUUAUCCUUUCCAAAGUUUGCUGAUCUUUUCUUUCUAUGUAGGGCCAUGCGAUCCAUGCUUCUAUUGGGAGCAAACUGGUCAAUAAAUUUAAAUCAAAAAUUGAAGAGGACUCCAUAUACAUAAUUAAGACCUUCAAAGUCUUGGAGUAUGAAAAAUACCGACCAUUGAAGAACAAUCUCAAAAUCAGUUUUGUUUAUGAUACAGCAGUGAAGGAAGUGGAUGAAGGAAAAUCCAAGUUUUUCAAUUACCACUUCAAAUUUGUUGAUGGCGAUACCUUGGAUAGUAGGGUGAAUAUUGUAUUGAUAAACGGUGCUCAAGUAUGAUCAUAAUCCAUAUCGAAGAACAAGCAUUGGUGAACUAGCUAGAUUUUAAAAUAUGAUUAUGUGCAGAUGUCAUUGGAUUGCUUACUGCAAUGAAACCAAUAGAGCAAGUACAAAAAAAUAAAGGGACGGGCAUGGUUCAAACUUCAAACAUCCGUGAGAUUGAAAUCCUUUUACUAGAAGAUGAAAAGAUCCGAAUCACGCUAUGGGGGGAUAUUUUAGCAAAUACAGUGAAUGAAAGUCUUUUGGACAAACAAACAAUAGUGAUUGUCACUUCAAAUUUGGUCAGAAAAUUCAAUGGGCUAUCACUACGCACAACAAAUGCAUCUAAAGUCUUCCUCAACCCUGAACUUCCAGAGGCAGACCAAAUUAUUGAGAGGUAUUUUGAAAGAGAUGUUAUUCCAACUAUGAUUGGAAUCAAUGAAAGCACCCAAGGAGCAAUUGAAGAGCAAAUGUUGUACAACAUAAAAACAUUGAGGGAAAUUAUAGAACUGCGAUAUGCUGAUGUCAAAAGAAAGGAAUUUGUAUGCACAAAAAAAGCAACAAUUGAUGAUAUUAUAACAGAUAAAGGCUAG